AAUACCGCACACCCAACCCAACCCAUCCUGCCGGAGAAGAACAUAACCAUUAUGCCCUCAAGAGGAAGAAGAUGCCAAAGCCAAAGCCAAAACCCACCCAAAGCUGCGUACCCCUUACGUCCCUUUCUUUCACUAUUUUUCUUUUUUUCUAUUCUUAAAAACAAUCCUUUUCUUUCACAAUUCACCAAAACGGUUCAUAUACUUGUUGCCGUUUUCCCAGCUCUUCCGCGAGUCUUUUUCUUCUCUCAAAACCCAAUUCCCGUUUCCCGCAAUUAGCUGGGAUUUCAUUUUCUCAUAUCCAUUUUGUUCAUUUCCCAAUCUCUCUUUCAUUGGCAAUAAGAAUUUGGUCAUGUGGCUGAAUCUUGAAUUACCAUGAAGGGUCCUUGUAGAGAAGGCUAUUGCUGCUGCAUGCAAGCAUGGACGAAUUGCCAGGGUCAUUGGGCACCAGUGCCAGCUUGGCUCUGCGCUUCGGCCAGACCAUCUUCUCCACUGCCUCCCUUCUCUUCAUGUGCUUGGACAUCCAGUUCUACAGCUACACAGCUUUCUGUUAUUUGGUGACAGUAAUGGGUUUGGUAGUUCCAUGGGGCAUGACUUUGGUGAUAGCGGAUGCCUACUCUGUCUUUGUUAAAUGUUUGCCUCGUCAACCAAGAAUACUUAUAAUCAUCAUUCUAGGAGACUUGGCCUUAUCGUAUCUCUCACUCGCUGCAGCCUGCUCGACGGCGAGUACCACAAAUCUCCUACUUGAUUCCGAUGAAUCGUACUGCCCGGCAAAGUUAUGUACUAGAUAUCAGUUAUCCGCUGCAAUGGCUUUCCUUUCUUGGUUCCUUUCACUCGGUUCCGCUCUGUUCAAUCUUUGGCUUCUUCCUUCUUUGUAAAGAUCCGGUGCCUGUUGUGAUAUACGGCAAAUGAACUCUGCCAAGAUUAAAAGAAUUAUGUCAAGUGCAGAAAUUUUGGGAGAAACAAAUGGGGUCGUUGUGAGAUGAAGCUUAAAGAUUUUCAAAGUUAUUCUAUUGAAUUGUAUUUUAUUGAACAAAUAGAAGAAGAAAAAAAAAAAUUCAACUUUUUUUGGUUUGCUUGUAUAUGGUAACAUUUAUACCUGAAACCCUACUCCUCAAAUCUUCAUACGUGCAAAUUCCCACCUUGUGUAA